AUGGGCACAAGUAUGAAGAUGGUUGAAGAUUUUAAAAUAGCUAUGAUGAAAGAAUAUGAGAUGACUGAUUUGGGAUCGAUGAGAUACUUUCUUGGUAUUCAAGUAAGACAAACAAAAGGUGAAGUUUUUAUUUGUCAAGAAAAGUACAUUGAGGACUUGCUGAAAAAUUUUCAUAUGACGGGUUGUAAGCCUGUAUCUACACCUAUGUCACUUAAUGAAAAAUUGCAGCAAAAUGAUGAAGCAGAGAAAGCAGAUGCAAAAGCUUACAGUAGCCCUGUCGGUUCCUUGAUUUAUCUCACAAAUACAAGGCUAGAUAUUGUUCAUCUGUUAGUCUUAUAUGAAGAAUCAAAGUCACUUAAUGAAAAAUUGCAGCAAAAUGAUGAAGCAGAGAAAGUAGAUGCAAAAGCUUACAGUAGCCCUCCUAGUAAGUUUCAUUAUGUAGCAGCAAAAAGAAUCCUUCGUUACUUGCAAGCAACAAAGAAACUUGGCAUUAUGUACAAGAAUCAAAGUGACAGCAAACUCGUUGGUUUUGCUGAGUGA